CAAGUCUGAGCCAGUUUCCCAGAAGGCUGCGCGUUCUCGGCUUCUCGGCUCAGCCAUGGCUGGUUUGCUGAAGAAGACCACUGGCCUUGUGGGACUGGCUGUAUGUGAAAGUCCACACGAGAGGCUGAGAAUAUUGUACACGAAGAUUCUUGAUGUUGUUCAACAGAUGCCUAAAAGUGCAGCAUAUAGAAAAUAUACAGAACAGAUUACAAAUGAGAAGCUGAGUAUGGUGAAAGUGGAAUCGGAUGUUAAAAAAUUAGAAGACCAGCUUCAGGGUGGCCAAAUAGAAGAGGUGAUUCUUCAGGCUGAAAAUGAACUAAGUCUGGCAAGAAAAAUGAUGCAGUGGAAACCAUGGGAGCCAUUAGUGGAAGAACCUCCUGCCAACCAGUGGAAAUGGCCAAUAUAAUCAUCUAAAAUUAUGUGAUCUUGAUAGGUUGAUGGGAAACUGAUGUAAUUAAAUGUUCUAUUAUAUUUAAAAAUGUUUCCAUGUUAUUGACAUCUUAGUCAAGAAAACUGAAAAGGGGCAUAAUUAGGAGACUAAAUUAGUUAUUGUGGUAAGAGUCUUGUGAAUCAGUUUUUGACUUGUAAAGUAUUUGCUCAGAUUAUUUCAAAGAUGGUAUUUAUUUGAAAAGAGCGGUUGUGGGGAGAUUUGAAAGUUAAUUAGAAAAAUUCCCAUUAAGUCUUCAAUUUCAAUAGAGAGGCCAUAAUCAAAGGCUAUAUCUUUAGUAGAGUCUUCAAUACAUCAUUUAGUUUUUUAAUUAUUCAGAAAAAUUUGGGAGGAAAGGUACUUAGUUGUUAUUGUCUAAACAAUUUUUUUUAAAGAUUUAUUUAUUUAUUUGAAAGAGCUACAGAGAGGGAGAGAAAGAGAAGGAGGUUUUCCAUCUUCUGGUUCACUUCCUGAGAAGGCUGCAAUGGCCAGGGCUGUGACAGGCAGGAGCCAGGAGCCAGGAGCUUCUUCCAGGUCUCCUACUUGGGUGUCUGGGGCCCAAACACUUGGGCUGUCUCCCACUGCUUUCCCAGGCCAUUAGCAGGGAGCUAGUUGAGAAGUGGAGCAGCUGGAAAGUGAACUGGUGCCCAUAUAGGAUGUUCGCAUCACUGGCAGCACCUUUACCUGCUACACCACAACACCAGCCCCUAAACAAAUUUACAGGUCAGUGUUAGAAGUGAAGUAGUAAGGGUGAUUAUAUUUAGUUUUCAGAAAACAGCAAAAAGAGUUGGUUAUAAAAUUUUAUAUUGUGGUUAACUUCUUUGGCUGUGAUCUGAUGUUUAUAAAGUAAAAUAUAGAUAUAUAAUUAUUAUAUUGAUUGCCACAUUCAUUAAUAGUGUAUUAGUUUAUAUUUGAAUUAUUCCAUUUACAAUUUCAUAUUUUUAAAAUUUUAUUAUUGUUGUUACUCUGUCAUUUGAGUAGAUAUUAUCUACCUUUAAAUUAGGAUUUAUUAUACUAUUGAAGAAACUUAUUUGGUACUUGAAAUUUUUUUAUUGUACAGAGGUACUUAGAAAAGCUUUUCCCUUUUUUUGUUUAAAGAAGUUACCUUUCUGGCCCUUAGCCUUUAAUUUUAUUGGUCAGUACAACCACAUCAGAAUAGAGGUAGAAUUUCCUUUUUAAAAUGUCUGUUAAAUGAAUUUCUCCAGAUUGUCUGGCAUACAAACAGGCUUAUAUUCAAAAUACCUUAGUCAUAUGCUAGAAUUUCAAAGUGGAAUCACUAAAUAGUUUUUACUAAAUUUCUAAUGUAAGUGCAGCUGUAUCUCUAAAACAGAAGACAAAUGCUAUUUGAGGAAAAAGAAGUCGGUAAGCUUAAACAAAAUUACUUUUCAUGUGUCCUCACCUUUUUCCUUCUCCCCCACCAGUUCUAAAUAUCUUGUUAAUCUAACUUGGUAUUUCUUUCCUUCGUAGACAGUGGUUUUGUUUUUCUAUGUGUGUGCAUGUUUGUGUGUUUUGCGACAAACCAGUCCUUCAGAAUAAGAAAAAUUGCAUUUUUCCUUUUUUUUUUUUUUUUGGUACAUUU